ACGGGGAAAUGAGGGGAACCGAGGGGAAGGAUGACACAUGUUCAGCCCAACCCAGUGGCAGAGCAGCCGGAGAGGCAGAGCCAAUAGCUGCUUUUCAUGCUCAGUGAGUCUGUCCACCUCCACCCCACCCCCCCUUCCCCGAGUCCUUAAGUUGCAGCUUUUAACUACCUCGGUGUUCAAAGAAAAUAUGAUGCUCAGCGUGAACAGAAGGAAGAGCCUGCUGACAGGUAGACAGCAUGGACACUGAUCCUGGCAGGGCCGGCUGCUGAGAGAGCUUUUACCCUUUAGGAUUAGUUUUUUCAGGCUUUUCUCAACAAACAACACAGUUGGAAACGCUAGACCAUUUUUAUAUAAGAGCUGAGAAUCCUCCAGAAUCACAGAGCUGCGGGAAGAAAAAAAAUAUACCAAGUGCUGUAAUGCACGAGAUACGAUCUCCAGAGCUGCCAGCACCCUCUGCAAAGUAACUAUCUCCUACCACAUCUUCAGAAACCCAACGAGUCUCACCGCUACCUUCCACCGGAUCCCCAUCGCUUCGCAGACCCAGCGUUCAGAAGGGAUCCUCUGGUCUGAGCCAAGGCGGGGGUGACGCCCAGCGGCUCCCCCGCUUCCAGCUGAGCUCCAGCCUCAGAAAACUCUGGAGCGAAGAUUUCCAGGGAUACAGAGCCCCAGUGAUUAAUUGCAGCCUCUGUUUUAAAACUUUCGGCCUGUUUUUGAGGUGGGAUCUCUGGUGUUCCCAUCAAUGCCCCGUGCACCAUCCAGCCAACUUCUUUGAGGUGAUAAAUAAAUUCUUGGAUGACUGAGAGGGAAAUUGUCCUGUAGCAAACACGUGGUGCCUUUCCAGCCUCAGGAGUUCCCUUGGCUAUUCAGGGCAGAGAGAUUACUCUUUUUCUCAGCUAAGGGAGCUGCUUUCAUUAAAGGUGCAGCUCCAUCGCGAGCUGGCCGCAGCAUUAGGGAGGAGGGGAAACCACAGUGCCUCAGAAUUUUGAAGAAAAUACGUCUAAAAAUAAGACACCCCAGGUACCUGCCUGGCUGUUACUGGAUGCGAACACGCUACGAGCCCAACGAUGAACCGUUUUGCGGUCUGCGGGCCUUCCACCAGCCCUUUGCCGGCCCGCUUUUGGGGUGAUUUUUGGGGAAUAGCUUUGGAGGGCCGAUGUGGGGCAAACCCCAGGCAUCAAGGAGCACAUCCUCACCUUUCACAGCCGCCUUUACCUCCUGCUCCCAGCUCACGGCUUCAGCCUAACAUCUGGCAAAGUUGUGUACCACGGGCAAAGCGAACAUCGCUGCUUAUGGCAGACCAGGCUGACAGUUCCUGCGAGAUCAGCCCCGCGAGCAUCAUUUCGUGGUGAUAGCUCGCUCACAAAGGCAAGAAAUGGAAGCAAAUCUUACAUGACACAUUUAUUUUUGUCGUCUAUUUAUUAGCUCAGAGCAAAAGUCCUGCUGCGCUGCAUUAUGGGGAUUAUGCAAAUGAGGGACAUCAAGACAAUUAAAAAAAAGCCCAAGUGAGCACAAUGUCAGAGCCGAGCAGAUGCUGAGAGACGGCGCAGUCCUCCCUGGCCUGCCGCAGCCCGGCAGCACGGCUGGACUCGCAGCCCCGUGCCCACAUCUAACGUGUCGCCUGGUCCAGAUGCUUCUGCUCCUCCUCCGGCUCGUGCAGACAACCCAGCCCAGCAGGUCAUUAGGCCCAUCAGUUAAUGAGCUGCCCAACACACCUCCCAGAGCGCUCCCCUCCCACGGGACUUCUGCUGCCCCUUCCCUUUUUGGGGGGCGGGUGCAUGGGGCGCAUCCUCAUCCUUAUCCCAUCGCAGGCGCCCGCUGCUCUCACCCAGACUGAUACAGCCAAAAUUAAUGGUUAGGCUAAUCCCGGUCGGAAUUUGGAUUUAUGGGGCUGCUGAGAGAACUACACACAGCCCAGAGAGCACAGAGGGUCCUCGUCCCCUGCAAGGGACCUCCCGGCUCCCCAUGGGAGAGCAGCCCAUCGCCCCGUGUCCCGGCGCAGAGUGAGGUAAUGCCGGGCUCGUGUCGGGUCGGUCCCUGCCAUGGGAGGAGGAUCUGGCUCGCUCCGCGGGUCCAAAGCCUGGCUAAAUCCCCGCUGAAUCACCCCCUGUUACACUGACAGCUCGGGAUUUAUGAGAGCUCAAGCGGAUGGAUAGCAAUGAGCAGGGGAAAAAAAGGUCCCAAAUCUGACUUGUCUCUCCUUCUGCAAGCCCCAGAGGACUCGGGAUGUGUGUUUGGGGAUUUAAUCCUGUCUGAACCCUUCUAUUUUGAGACGGAGGUGGAGGGAGAGCUUAAGGCAGCUGAAGUGCAUGUCGAUAGCUGCAUCCAAGCACAGCUCCUGCCCCGGCAGCUCCUGGAAGUGGAAAAAUGCCGUUUCCCAAAAGCCCACGGAAGAGCAGAGGCAGGCUGGCGGCUCGGAGACACGGAGAGAUGCAGGGAAUAGCCAGGGAAACACGCUUCCCUCCUCACUCUGCUAAUUGCACCCAUUAGGGAAGGAAUGCUGCCUCCGAUUUUGAGCUAUACCAGCUAUUUUUAAUUUCCCUGCUUGCUGAAAGCACCCACCGGCGCGCUCGGGUGGUGGUGGCUUGGGUUUUUUUACUGGAAACGGGUCUUUCUCCUCCCAGGUCAGAGGCUCUUUUGUGUCUGCCUGGCUGGGAGACGGGGCCGGAGACAAAGCCGAAAAGGAGAAAGCGGGAGAGAGACGAACGAGAGAGAUGGGGAGAACCGGCAUCCCUGCCCCGGGCGGGGGGCAGGCAGGGGGCCUCUUGCCUGGAGCAGUUGUGUGUGUGAGAAUAGCGGUGGGUGCUGCGCGCUCGGGGAACGAUGGGCGUUUGUAAGGAGCACACGAAACCGCACACAGGCACCUGCAUCCCCCAGCUCCCCUGUGCGCGCGUUACCCGCACACAUCCCCCCGGGACUUAAACUCCGCGGGCAGCGCCCGCGUAUUUUUUUCCCAAAGAAAUUCAAGUCCUUCAUCUGUUUAUUGUGCAUGUUGAGAAUGUGUUUAUGUAUGUCUAUGCGAAUAUAUAUGUAUUUACAUCUGUUCGCACUGUGUUGCCGUGUGGCAUUUGCUUGCAGUAGUUAUAUUCUUGUUAAUAUGUAUGUGAUUAGCUGGGAAAAAAAUGAAUUCUCUUUGUUCGAGGUGAGAAUAACCACCAAAUAGUCAAAAUUCAUCAAUAUAUGGAUGUUUGUGAAGAUGUGUGUGUAUAUAUAUAUAUUCCCGUGUAUUCACAUUACGCAGGUUGACACACAAUUACAUGCCACGCAUGUUAACGUACUUAUCAGCUAAAUUGCACGUCAGCUCUUUAACUGUUGGAUUUCAGUACGAGGUGUGCACUUGCGUGAGUGUUCCUGUGUGCGAAUAUAAGUUUAUGUACAUAUAUGAUAAGUUUUCUGUCUUGCUUAGGUACCAGACGUGAAGUGGGGGGGUUUGUGUGGGACUGGGUAUGUCUGUGUGUGUGCAAACACUUUUGCAUUGUUUGUAACGUGUUGUAUAAAAUCCGUGCACGAGCCCCCGAUUGCGGGCAAAGAGAAACUCUGCCUGGUGCAGAAGAGUAUUUUUCUUUCCGAGCGUGAACCGAAGGGCGAAGAGCAGAUUUGUUUGCGCUUGUGCUUUGCUGAAUGUCAUUGAAUCCUGCACGAAAACGGCGCGGGGUGCCGGUGCGGUGGGAAGAGCUGGGUGUGCUGGUGGAACCGCAGUUGAGCAAUCCUUCCUCCGGCUGCAAACUUGCAGCUCCACCAGCAGCGCUGGCACUCGGCACAGCGGGGAGGGAGGCUCUCCGGGUGCUCUCCGAUGAGGUCCCCCGGGGGUGCUCCCAAGCCUCUCCUGCUCCAGGUGAUGCCCCAGUUCACCUUCGCUUGCUUCUGCGGGCUCCAUGGCUUCUGCAAGAUGAAGAGGAAGAAAGAAGAGUCCAGUGCGGAGCAGGAGACGGCAGUGUGAGGAGCAGACUCGUGUGUGCGUCGCGCCAAGCCGUGCCUCGGGACCCCAUCCCCUUCCCCUCGAUCCUUGUGUGGCCAGGGGAGAGCCGAAGCGCGGGAAUGACCUUGCCGAGAGGCAGAAGCAGAUGCUGUGGACGUUAUCCAGGUGCUGCAGCAAUUCUGCCCGGACGCCCAGCCCGGCCAGGCACUGAGCAUCGGGACCUGAGCAGCCGCUGUCGGAGGGACCCUGCAUCCCAGCGGGGUAGAGAAUUCCCUCCAGAGUGAGCCGACCUGCCCUUGCUCCAACAAAUCUCAACAGACCUGGAGGGGUUUUCAAAAGCCGGGGCCAGACCUUGUCCCUACUGGAGUCGUAGAGCCAGAGAGGCUGGCCCCUGGCUGGUAAGUUGUCCUGCUGCUGCAGAAUUGGCUGAACCUACAAACCAACUUGGUUUUGGGGUUUUUUGUUUGUUUUUUUUUAAAGUCUGUCUCAAGGAAAUGUCUGUGACUCCAAGAAGCCGUUCUCCGUGCCUCUGGUCCUGCGAUGCAGCGCACCAGAGCGUUUUGGAGACUCCAGACUCACCGUCCCUGCUCGGAUGCUGCUCCCAGCGCAACCAGUGCGAACCGAGAGCUGCUGCACCACGGGUCGGGGGGACACCUCGGUGUGUGACCCCCACCCCCUGCACGCCUGAGCCAUGAGGCGCAGCGGGAGGUUGUUCUUGUUUGGCAAACGGGCCAAAAUCCCUGAGCUUUGGGCACCUGAGAUUCACUCCAGGGACAUUUCUAGCACAAACGUGUCCUCCGGAGCAGAACUCCUUAUAUUCUUCCAUACUGCGCUUCCCUUCUCCAUAUGGAGACCCCCUGAGCCUGGAGGGAUCUAACCCAGGGUUAGUCCUGCUCCUGCCACCAUCUUCUCCUGCGGUGGUUGAGCAUCCUCCUUGCGCCGCGUGGCCGUCCCCACGGUCCCCUUCUCUCCCCCACCCUGUCUGCGCAUCCUUCACACCCACCGCUGAAGCCAUACGGGAGCUCCCUGCGUGCCGUGCCUUCCCGGAGGGUCUCGGGCAGACAGCCCCCCUCAGAUACCCUCCCAACAGCCCCAGGCUCUGUGCGCUGACGUCAGGGAGCCAGGGUCCCCCCAGGGGUUUGGGGCGGGGGGUGUCUCGGUGCCCGGUUCCUGCAUUCCAGAUCUCAUUUCAGACACCAGCAGCCGCAAUGGUCCCAGUGCUCCCGUUUGCAAGAGGUGCUGGGGAGCAGCAGGGACAGCCCCUAGGAACGGGUAAAUGCUCGGGGGCAGCUGUGCCCGCUGCCCAUCGGCGGGGGGGAGGUAUUGCCUUGAGCAGAUUGACACCCCCAAGGAGCCCCCCCCUGCAGGGGACGAGCGUGCUCGGAGAACAAAUCCUCCCCCCGCAAUUAACUGGCUCGACCUUUCCAGGGUUUGCCCAGUGCUCCCAGACCGGAUUCGCGCUCGGCAAACAGAGCUGUAUGCGCCACUGACAGCUCCCCUUCGGAGGAGAUUUGUUGGCUCAGCCAACAUCCCCAACCAACAUGGCUAUUAUUUUAUUUUCUUAUCUAAAGGAUUUAGCACAAAAACCUGAGCCUGGCCAGGAGCACCAGUAACACGAGGCACAGCUGAGGAGCUUUAAAUCCUCUCCGCUGCGUGCCCGUUGUCCGGGUUGUGGUGGGAAACAUCGGACUGGUGUGGGAUGUGCUGCUCGGGGGUAGCUCGGAGGUGGCUGCCGGGACUGGGCACGGGGGCACAGGCUGCGUGUGGUCUCCGUGUGCCAGACCCUGGGGUCGGGAGGCUCACGGCGCUUUGCUUUUUCCCCUCUUUAAGCCUGAGCGAUGUGAGCUGUUGGGAUCCAGCGCUGCAGCCCCCGUGCAGGGCAUUCCCAGCUGGGCUCCAGGUUUCGGCUUGGGAGAGGUGGCACGUGAGGUGCCUGGUGAGGGGCUGGCCAGGAGAGCGAUCCGGCUUCCCUGUCAUUUGUCACCAUCGAGCUCAGCAGAUUUCAGGCUGGCGCACACAGAUCGAUGGAAAACACCGCGCUUAGUGCCGGCUGCAAUGUCUCCUCUGGGGCUGCAUCAGCCUUUUAUUCAGGCAGCGCACGGGGAGAGUUGCCAAGGCACCAAGGGGGGCUGAGGUUAAUGCUGAUGCACCCAUGUUUUGGCUUGGUUGAUGGUGCCCCAUUCCUGGGGGGGCACAAGCUGGGUCCCUGCUAGUGACGAUGGGAGCGGGCAUCACCCUCGUGAGCGCAGCGCGGAGAGCUGGGGCUGGCGCACGCUCCAGGGAGACCAUCAAAAGCAGAGGUUUGGGGAAAAUCAUGGGCAGCUUUGCUCAGUCAGGCUUUGCAGAAGCUAAAUUAUUACUGUGGGGUUGAGGGGCGGCUUGGCCCAGUUCAUUACUGCGUAACCUCCGCUGCUAAACCUCUUGGAUUACAGAUCCAUCACGGUUUGGCAGUGAAAGAUGUGCAGCUGACGGCCGCCCCGAGGUUUUCGUGUCUAGGUGGAGGCUUGGCAUUGUGCUGGGAGCAGCCCUGGAGAUGGGGCUGGUGUGUGAUGGGAUGGUGCUUGAGGGGCUCCCGGUUGUGGUAGGGAUCCCCCAGGCUGGUCUGGGAUGAGCUGGGAGCUCCGGGAUGGGCUGGGAGCUCUGCUGGAAACACACCGUGCUCACGUUGUGCGUGCUGUGCGUACGUGGUACACGAUGCACGCGCAGGGCACACGCUACGCACAUGGUGUACACGGUGCACACGCGAUGCACACGCUAUGCAGGCACCGCACACGCGGCUCUGUGCCUGUUCAGGUUUUCCCUGUGUCUCGAAUAUCCCCAUUUCCAGCAAGGGGUUCCCAGUGCAGGUGUGUAAUGAAUGUUGCACGUACAAUGGAGACAGGCAGCCGCUCACCCGCACCCGUCAUAUCUGCAUCUGAAAACACAAUAAACGAACCAAGUGCAGUACGAAUGUUAAAGCGCUCGAGCUACAGUUAUUUUAAAAGAGAACUUCCCACCUCCCUGGAUGGAUGUAGCUCUCAAAGCAACAAUAUGUUUUCCACCAUGGCUCCGAGCAAAAUGGUUUGCUCCUGGAUUGACCUCUAUUGUGUUCAUAAAUGGCUUGUGGUGCUUUUUGAUUCCCCCGUCAUAAUGACUUGACCUCCAGAUUUAUGGCUGAAGGUCCUUUCAUCUCCACAUUGUUUCCCACCAGACUCCAGCCUGCUGCUUUGCUGGAGCGAACCUGCCCAGAGCCCAGCCCCGCGCCCCGCGCCCCUCCGAGCCCCCCAGCCGGCUCCCACUGACAAAGCUGCGGUGGGCAAAAGCGAACGGGUUUGGGGUUUUCUCUCUUUCUUUCUCUCUUUCUCUCUCUCUCUCUUUCUCUCUCUUUCUUUCUUUCUUUCUCUCUUUCUCUCUCUCUUCCUUUCUUCCUCCCUUCCUCCCUUCCUCUCUCUUUCUCUCUCUCUUUCUUUCCAGUGGCAGCAUUUUAAUAGGGCAGCGUAUGCUCCGGAGACCGCGAAGGCUGGGAAGUUGACAGCUCUUGUCACAGUACAAACACUCUCUCCCUGUCUCUCUUCCUCUCUCCCCCACGUUUGCACAACCCCCGGCACUUUUAAACUAGGAGUUUGCUCAUUGUUCAGGGUUUCCUUCUGCCCUCCCAAGUCUUGCCCUCCCACCCUGCCUUUGACUCUCCCACCCCACUUUGGCUUCUCCACUCCAGGAGCAAUUGGACCUGAGCGGUGCUAUAGUAGAUAAAUCUUACUAACGUCGGUGGCAAUGAGCUAUAAGCUGGAGUUGUCUGUCCAGUGGUUUCCAAGUGCUUUUCCAAGGCUCUCUGGGGAGAGGAAGGGAGGUGCAGGGACCCCCCCACUGCUGAGCAGGGAGCCUGAAGCUGAGGAUUUGAAACCGCCCCAUGUCCUGGCUGCUCAGGAGCAUCCUUGGGCUAAAGGGUGCAGUAGAAGCGCGUGAAAUGUAAGUUGUCCUCUCCGUGGCAGCGCUGGCUCAGCAUACAGCCAGGCUCUCUGCAACCCCCCCCCACCACUACAACACCGUGGGCUCCCAGGGUUUAUGGAGGAAGCCUCCACCUCCGUCCCUCCUCAGGAAGAGGAGAGCCACGCUCCUGAAAGAUGCAUUUGUUCCCCCCAGCAAUAAUCCUUCUUUAAUCCUGUUACACCAAGGAAAGCAUCCAACUUCCCUCGAAGCGGAUGGUGGGAUGCCCCGAGGAGGGUGGCCCCUCUCACCGUGGGCUGCCCUGGCCACAUCCCCGCUGGGCUUUGGGGGGGGUGGAUGUCCCAUGGCUCGGUCCCUUCCCGGGCGCCCCAAGCUUUUCCUCCAGUCGCCAAAGCGCUAGAGUGAAGCUGGCAGCAGCCAGCAACACCCGUGCCCCAGCCCUGGGGAUGGAGAAGUAACACCGUCAGAAAAAAGGAGCCGCCUGUACCAAGGGUGAUGCUGGAGUGUCGGGAAAAAUCAGUUUUAAUGAUCAAAAUAAGCAGAGCAUCGCCUCAGGCUCACUUCCAAGACAGGCAGUGUAGCCCCUUUGUAAAUAUUGGCUUACUUGGGAGCGAGGGAGCCUACAGAUGUUUAUUUGCAUGACAAUAGCCGGGUUGGGGACCAAAACGUGUGUGCGCGAGGGGCGCAGGGCGCAGCCCCCCUGGCAGAGGGGCUGGUGAGGGAGGUGGUCCGGCUCCUGCCAGGGGAGCUCGCGCCGCGCUGGCUGGAGAUGAAGAAAUGUUUGUGCAGUGAGCUGGAAGGGUACGUGCACAAAUCGUAGCAGGCAAGCCAAGAAAAAAGCUGCAGCUUGAACUCUCGUUCCUGUAACACGUUCUUAAAGGUUUUGCCGGAGAUGUGGAAAAGGACCAGGGAAUAACCCAGGCGAUCCCGAGGCAGAUGCUCUGCAGCAGGACGGACGGCUUCCACCCAAGCGCCCCGCGAGCAUCAGCUUGACGUACUGCAUUGGAUUUAAGACAAGUGCUGUGUUUGCUACAGGCAGGGCGAUUUCUGCAUCCCGGGUGGUAACCAAGAGAAAAAAAACAAAGCUUUUUUUUUUUUUUCCCCAGCAAUCACCUGGUCGAAGCUGCCCUUUCUCCCUCGUGCGGGCAAGAUUUUUUCCCAGCUGCUCGACGUGUCCGUGCUGCCCCGCUGCCCCCCUGCUCGCGAGCGCGGGGGGAUUGCGCAGGGAAAUACCGCGGGCAGCCUGAUAAAAUCCGCAGGGUCACGGUCCGGCUCCAUCCUCCCAGCCCGCGCCCGCUCGCCUCCCCGCGCCUCUGCCUUCCCACACUUCAAAAAAACAACCGGUCUUUGUGGCUGCGCCGAAACACCGCGUUUUUCAGAAGGUUACUGCGAGGACAGAGUGCAGGCAGCCGCAGGCAGCUCCAGGUGGGCAGAGGGAAGCUCACGUUGCUUUGGGAAAAUGCUGACCUUGUUCUGUUCCUAUUUUUGCACAUCAGCACAGCCUCCCGAAUUCAGGGUUUGCAGCCCCGGUGCUGUCCUUGGCGGGGACCUUCGGGUUUAUCUUUGGGCCAAAAAAACCCAGAAAGCUGGUGAAACGCAAAGCAUAUUUCUUGAAUGUAACUUUAUUUUUGCACAGUCGCCCUGUAACACGUGGUGACCACACGAGUGAUGCGCUCGUGGACUUCAACCACUGGGGAUUAAUCACUGCCCUGGAGUUUAUUACAAGUGUAAAGAUACGGGUCAAAUUUGCCCUUUGCUUUAUGCUGGUGUAACUCCCGAGAGACAGUCUGUAUACUGAGGUGUCUACAAAAAUGUUAACUUUACAGAGACGAGCUUGGACUGGACCCCAACACUCAGAUUUCUCCUAAAUGUGUCUCCGACCCAUCCCGAGGCAAAAGCACGUACACAACGAGCACAAGGAGGCGAAGACGGGCUUCCAGCAGGCACACGCUGAGGAAGCCCUGAGUCAACAAAGCCCUGCUUAAAUUUAAGUGUUUGCUUUGGGAUUUCGCUCGAUCCAAUAAAUUUGCCUAAUUCCCCCCUAAUAAACCUGUAUCGAUCCCUGCAGAAGCGCACAACGACCAAGCCGAGGGAAAGGCACAGAACCGUCCUUGCAGCAUCUCCCUAACGCUGCCUAACGAGGAUCAAAGCAUUAAAACCUCUUUUUAUUGUCCUUUUCUUUUAUCCCACUGUCUGGAUUUCAUCAUGAAGGGACCUACCCAGACAUGUUCCUCAGGAGUCUCCCAGCCCCAGUAGCCAUAGAAACCAGCUAUUUUUAGUCUGUUUUCCUGAUGCCAGUAAAUGACUUUUCUCUACUUUGGAGAGACAGCAGACCGGGUCAGCCUUGCGUGCUGGCGGAUGGUAAAUGAGCGUCUCCGGCAAGGCAGGCGUCCCCUCCCGUACUGUACUCGACGUUUGAGAAAAUAAAUGUGGCAUUUGUAAAUAAGCGCACAUAUCUACGCACAGAGCAGGUCACUUCCUAUCGUGUUUCCUACGCUAGAGAAAAAUCUUUAUAGGAAUUUUUAGAGUAUGGAUUUUAUAGCUGUUUGGAGAUCAGGGUUUUUUGGUAUAUGACAAGCUUCCUCCUUUUCUGAGCUGGUGCUUCAAAAGGCCCCGUAAUAAAAAUUACCAGCAUUUGGAAAUGUGAUCAAUGCGGGUCAGAGCACGGUGGUACUAAAAGCAUAAAUCAGCCCCACAACAAUGCCUUUCAUUCCCGGGAUACCAGCGAGACUCGCAGCCAAGGGCUUUUGAAGUCAGAUGGAAAACCACAUUUGUCUGAGUAAUUAUCGGGCUACACGCUAAUGAGAAACGCUGGCCGGGUAAUUCAGCAGGAGGGAAGGGGGCUGGGGCAGAGCAUCAUAUUCCUGGAGGGUUUUCUUGAAACACCCAUCGUCUCCCAGGACGUUGCCCCUUCCCGGGUGCCUGGCGGCAGGAUCCGGCCCGUGGGGGCAUUUCCCCAGCUGCUCCCUGCCCCUCCGGGGGGUGCAGGAGCGUCCCCAGCCAGCGCCGUGUCCGCGGGCAGCCCGGCGGGAAGGGCCCCGCAAACCGAGCGGGGAUGAUGGAGCCUCUUUCCUUUUAAUGCCUGCCAGCUAUCCGGGAGCUGUAAAUACACACUGAGCCCAACGGCUUCUGCUGUAACGUAUCUAGUUUACAAGAUUGUACUAUAAAUUAUAGAUGCAUAUCAUGACUGUGGUUUGCACUGAGAGACUCGCCUAUUGAUCUGUCUCCUGCUGGUUAAUAUUUGGGACGGCCAUGGCCCGGCUCUCGGAAGCAGCAUGCUGUUGCGGGUCGUUUGUACGUCUCUCCAUCUGCACUUGGAGCAAACACUUUCCUGGCCCAGCUGUACGGGCACGCGGGGAAGCAGCUACGGCAGCUGCUGUAAUAAACUGGCUUUAUGAUA